GCUGGAUGAGUCCAAUCUGCAUCUGUUUUAAUGUUUGUAUUUUGAUGAAAAAAUGAAUUUUAUGGACAGAAUUUGGAGCGGAGCCAACUGAAGAGUGCGAGUACAUGAACGCCACAUCUGCAAUGGAAAACCUCAGCCUGGCCAUCAACCAGUCAGAAUGUUAUUCUAUUGACAGCGCGUCCAGGAGGAAGCCGUUCAUGUUCUUCUACCUGGCCCUCAUCGUCUCCGCCAUCCCAUCCAACGCCUUCUCGCUCUACGUGUCCUGGCAGCACAUCAGACAGAAGAACGAGCUCGGCGUGUAUCUCUUCAACCUGGCGCUGAGCGACCUGACCUUCACUAUCGGCCUCUCUCUGUGGCUCGACUUCCUGUGGAAAGGAGUUUGGGCCCACGGAGGCUACGUCUGCGUGCUAUCUGUCUAUUUUCUUUUCACCAACUUUUACACCAGCGACGCUCUCCUCUGCUGCAUCGCUGUCGACCGCUACCUGGCGGUGGUUCACCCGUUAAAGUACACUUUCUGGAGGAAAGUGAGCACAGCAGCAGGGAUCAGUGUGGCCAUCUGGGUGUUGGUGGUCUGCUUCAACGCCAUCACCAUCACCUGGGACGACUCGUACCGGGAAAUCAACAAGUUCUCCAUGUGCUUCGACAUCGUCCUCCCGCUGUCAGAGAGCCUGGCUCGGGCUAACGUCGCACGCUUCGUCCUGGGCUUCAUCGUCCCCGUUCUCCUGGUCGUGUUCUCCCACUGGGGGAUCCGUGAGGCGGUGAAAUCCAACCAGGCCACAGAGGAACAGGAACGGAAACGGAUUUCCAAUUUGCUGAGAAUCGUUCUGUUCUGCCUUCUGUUCUGCUUCGGACCCAUCCACGUCAUGAUGCUCGUCCACACAAUAGUGGACGACUGCAGGAAUGUUAAAUGGCUUAUUUAUCCGUACAAGAUCAGCAUUGCUAUCUCGAGCCUCAACUGCCUUGCAGACCCUCUACUUUACUGCUUUGUUACGAGAAUGGGGAAGGAAAAUGUCAAUCAGGUUGUUCUCUUCUUCCAGGUGAAGAGGAAGAGCAGAGUUGAAGAUGUGGUGUAGGUUCAAUAAAGUACAGAAGUAAAUAAUGCAACAUUGAGGUACAAUAAAUAGACUACACUGUAAAAAAAAAUGGCAGCUGUGGUUACCAGAAUAAUUCUGCAAAAAAUACAGCAACUUUACAGAACAGCUUGUAAAUUUGACUGGAAUUCAGUGCACAAUAAGCAAAAUCUUCAUGUAAAUGUUGCAUAAAUAAUUAGUAUAAAAGCAGCAUCAUCCUGUUAAAUUAGCAGUAAAGGACUUUAUAAUCUACAACUUUAAUUUUCAAAAAAUGUACAAGUUGUUCUGUAAAGAUGUUGACAUAUGUACUGUAUUUUUGAUGGAAAUAUUCUGGUAACUACAGCUGCCAGUUUUUUUCUGUAAAACAACAUUUUUACAGUGUAUGAUCCUGAAGAUAACAAUUAGAUAUUUCUUCAAAUGUGGCAUAGUUGUCAGCUGCCAGUGUGUAGAUAUGUUUUUUUAUGUUCGUCCACACAAUAGUGGACGACUGCAGGAAUGUUGAAUGGCUUAUUUAUCCGUACAAGAUCAGCAUUGCUAUCUCGAGCCUCAACUGCCUUGCAGACCCUCUACUUUACUGCUUUGUUACGAGAAUGAGGAAGGAAAAUGUCAAUCAGGUUGUUCUCUUCUUCCAGGUGAAGAGGAAGAGCAGAGUGGAAGAUGUGGUCUAGGUUCAAUAAAGUUACAGUUAGACAAUAAAUAGACUACACUGUAAAAAAAAAAAAAAAACUCAUUUUUACAGAAAAAAAACAAUGGCAGCUGUGGUUACCAGAAUAAUUCUGCAAAAAAUACAGCAACUUUACAGAACUUGUAAAGUUCUGAAUGUUUAUUUACUAGUAUUCAAUGCACAAUAAGCAAAAUCUUCAUGUACAUUUUGCAUAAAUAAUUAGUAUAAAAGCAGCAUCAUCCUGUUAAAUUAGCAGUAAAGGAUCUUUUAUUUUUUUUUAAUUACUACAGUUUUACGAUGUCAAAUGUACAAGUUGUUCUGUAAAGAUGUUGACAUAUGUACUGUAUUUUUGACGGAAAUAUUCUGGUAACUACAGCUGCCAGUUUUUUUCUGUAAAACAACGGGACAUUUUUACAGUGCAUGAUCCUGAAGAUAAUUUGAUAUUUCUUCAAAUGUGGCAUAGUUGUCAGCUGCUAGUGUGUAGAUAUGUUUUUUUAAUGUUCGUCCACACAAUAGUGGACGACUGCAGGAAUGUUGAAUGGCUUAUUUAUCCGUACAAGAUCAGCAUUGCUAUCUCGAGCCUCAACUGCCUUGCAGACCCUCUACUUUACUGCUUUGUUACGAGAAUGGGGAAGGAAAAUGUCAAUCAGGUUGUUCUCUUCUUCCAGGUGAAGAGGAAGAGCAGAGUGGAAGAUGUGGUGUAGGUUCAA